UCCAGUCACACGUGGCAAAACAUCGUUUUACACAUUACGAAUUUGGAAGUUUUCCUGGAGCUUGUACCAGAUACGGAAUUUUAAUUUUUCGCCAGUAAGAUGGCGAAGAAAUAUUAUUGGUUGGACAGUUUCAUAUGCCUUGUGUUUGUUGUUGGUUUAUCCGAACAAGCCAAGAAGAAAAUCGACAAAAGUUCCAUCAUAGAAGUAAAUGAUAUUAAACCAUUCAAGAAAUUACAAAGGACCCAUACCAAUUUGCUUGUUUUGUUUGCUCAAAGCGAACGUGAUGCCUCAAGUAGAUUUGAGGUCUUAGCAGAAGUGGCAAAAGAAAUUAAAGGCAAAGGGACGGUAGCGUACAUAAAUUGUGGAGAAAGCAAAGAUACAAAAAAAAUGUGCAAGAAGCUUAGAGUUUCUUCUCAACCUGUUGUGCUAAAGCAUUACAAAGAUGGGAAUUUUAACAAAGAUUAUGAUAGGAAGAACACAGUUAAGUCAAUGUUAAACUUUAUGAAUGAUCCUACGGGGGAAAUGCCAUGGGAAGAAGAAGAAGGUACAGAGGAUGUACGACAUGUUCACACAAGUAGUGAAUUUGUCAAACUAACAACAAAAGAGAAUAAAGCAGUGAUGGUCAUGUUCUAUGCUCCAUGGUGUGGCUACUGUAAAAAGUUAAAACCUGACUACGCUCUAGCAGCCACUGAACUUAAAGGGGAAGCUAUAAUGGCUGGAAUGGAUGUAGAUACUUACGAAGGAUAUCCAAUUAGAGAAAAGUUCAAUAUCACAGGAUUUCCAACUUUGAUAUAUUUUGAAAAUGGUGAAGAAAAAUAUCGUUAUCAAGGAAAACAUGAUAAAGAUUCUCUUGUGGAGUGGAUGAGAAACCCUGCUCCUUCAACUCCACCUGCCAAGGAAGAGGAGUGGAGUGACAUACCCAGUGAUGUUGUCCAUCUCAAAGAUGACACAUUUGAUGAUUUUAUUGCAAACAAUCCCUCUGUUCUUGUCAUGUUUUAUGCUCCUUGGUGCGGUCACUGUAAAGCUAUGAAGCCAGAAUAUACAGAUGCAGCCAAAACAAUGAGGGAGGAGGAGAUUGCUGGUGUCAUAGCAGCAAUAGAUGCAACAAAGGAAACAGCAGUUGGCAAACGAUUCAAAAUUGAGGGCUACCCAACAGUGAAAUAUUUCAAAGAUGGUGAUUUUGCUUUUGAUGUGAACGAGAGAACAGCUGACAAGAUUGUUGCAUUUAUGAAAGAUCCAAAAGAACCACCACCACCGCCUCCCCCAGAGAAAGAUUGGAGUGAAGUGGAGAGUGAAGUGGAGCACUUGACAGAUGACACAUUCAAAGGAUUCAUAAAGAAAAAGAAACAUGUCUUGGUCAUGUUUUAUGCACCAUGGUGUGGUCACUGCAAAAAAGCCAAACCAGAAUUUAUGGAAGCUGCCAAACACGAUGCGGAAAAUUCCAAGGUUGCAUAUGCUGCAGUUGACUGUACAGUGCACAGAUCUGUAUGUACCCAGUUUGACGUGCAAGGAUACCCCACUUUCCGUUAUUUCAAUUACGGUAAGAAGGACUUCAAGUACGUCGGGGGACGGGUGGCUAAGGACUUUAUCGAGUUCAUGGAGAAUCCUCGUGAAGGUCCACCACCCCCACCCCCUGAACCAGAGUGGAAGGAUAUGCCAAGUCGCGUCACUCAUUUGACUGACGAUACUUUCGAGGAAUUUAUGAUGACACAUGAUUCAGUUCUUGUCAUGUUCUAUGCGCCAUGGUGUGGUCACUGCAAGGCAAUGAAGCCGGCAUACAUGGAAGCUGCUGAAGAAUUGCAUAGUAAAAAUGCUCGCAGUGUUUUGGCCGCUGUAGACUGUACCACAGAGAAAUCGUUGGCAACGAAGUUUGACAUUGGUGGAUUUCCUACAAUCAAGUACUUCAGGAAGGGUGAGUUUGCUUCUGAAUACAAGAAAGCAAGAACAAAGGAAGACUUGGUAGACUUCUUGUUGAUUUCCGAAGAUUCAGCACCUGCCGACGCUAAAACAACCAAUCCUGAAAAACCGGUUGAACCAGCUUGGAGUGACGAUGAUACAGACGUGGUCCAUUUAACAGCCAGCACAUUCCAGGAGUUUAUCAAGUCACACAGUUCAGCUCUUGUCAUGUUUUAUGCUCCUUGGUGUCCCCAUUGCAAAAAAAUUAAACCCGAGUUUUCUGAGGUGGCCAAGGAAGUCAACACCGAGAACAAGGUCCCUGGCGCCCUGGGUGCGGUGGAUUGCACCGUGAAUGGUGAUCUUUGUACUGAACAGGAAGUCAAGCGUUAUCCCACACUUAAAUACUACAAAGAUGGUGAAUUUGCUUACAAGUACACCAAGAAAAGAACAGCAGAGGACAUGCUAGCCUUCAUGAAAGAUCCCCAGAAACCUGCACCUCCUCCUCCGCCACCCGACUGGAGUAAGGAGCCUGGUAAAGUGCAUUUCCUGACUAACGAGACUUGGGAUUCAUUCGUGGCGGAACAUACCUCUGUGCUGGUCAUGUUUUUUGCUCCUUGGUGUGGUUACUGCAAAUCUAUGAAGCCAAACUUCUUCAAAGCUGCAGAGAUUCUUAGUGAAAAACAUCCGUCUGAAGCGUUAGCAGCUGUUGACUGCACACGAUUCAAAUCUAUCUGCAAGCGGAUUGGACUUAAAGGAUAUCCCACCGUGAAAUACUACAAGAAUGGUGAAAUGGAAAAAGAUUAUGGUGGAGAUAGAUCAACUGAAGAUAUCGUUAACUUUGUGAAGAGCAUGAGUGGUUUGGACAUUGCACCUGAAGAAGUGGAAGGAACUGAGACUGAAAAAGUAGAAUCAGAUGGAUUGAAAAUCUUAACUUCUGCAAACUUUGAAUCCUUCUUGUCUGAGACAGAACACGUGUUGGUUAUGUUCUUUGCCCCAUGGUGUGGUCAUUGUCAGAAUGCGAAACCCAAAUUCCUGAAAGCUUCUAAAGCGUUUGCCGAGGAAGUUAAUAAAGCUUUCACCGCGGUUGACUGCACUCAGGAUAGCGAUUUGUGUGAUAAACAAGGAGUGAACGGCUAUCCAACCAUCAAGUACUACAGAUAUGGUGCUUUUGUUGUUGAAUACGACGGCGAAAGAACUGCGGCAGACUUUUUGUCUUUCAUGAAGUCGCCUCCCAACCCCCUCCCUCCUGAUCAACCAGACAGCAAACCGGAUGACAAGCGAGACGAACUUUAACGUCAUGUUUUGUAUUUCAAAGUUAUCUUUUAAAUUAUCCUUCCAAAUUCGACAAUGGCCAAAUGAUUCCGAUACUUUUACGAAGAACUCCGUAGAAUUUAUUAGAUGCACCCGACGUUACAAACGUCUCGUCAGACAAAUUUACGACCACGUCCGCAGCAAACUCCAACCGCAAAUUUACCCCUGAUUUCGCUCACUUUUCUGCCUAUACGCAAACAAAUCAACAGGAAAGUAAAAGAAAGUUUAUUUCAAUCUUUCACGCCUCGAACGUAAGUAUUUUCACAUUGUUUUUGUUGAAAAACAGACGUUCAAUGCUCAUUUCUUUCCGCUCAUUGUAGGCGUAGGCGUGGUUGUAAGUUUUAAUUAUCAGAUCAGUAACUUUCCAUCACUUCAUAGGUUAACAUUGAAUCUAUUUUUUUUUAUCAAAAAUUUUAAAAUCGUUUAGGGUACAUUUCGAGUUGACUGGCCGCUAAUUCAUCUCACGACAGUGGGUGACAGUUUCUUUUUUUUUUUUUUUUUUUUUUUUUUUUUCUAUAAAAAGGAAUCACCCUCAGCUUGUUUCUUUCUGGAAAACAUUGUUUGAUUUAUUUAUAAACGAAAUUGCACUUCUUUAGCCUGUUAUGACGUAAAUUUGACACAUUCUGCCCAACUGAUCUGCUUCAGCAGUCAAAAUUUCCGAGAAGACUCUCGAAGAAGCGUUAGCUUAAACCAGUUACAAAUCAUUGCAAAGAAAUCAGUGAUUAAUAUUGAAAUAAACCUGAAAACUUCCUACUUACAAGUCACGGACUGUUGGGUAACACUCUUUGUGACAUUACAAACAAAGGUGUAAAGCCAAACAAAAGGAGUGUUUUAAAAAGUAUUUUUUGUUCAGAUAUUUUUCUCCGCAAAAAUGCUGGUAUCGUUUUAUCAACAGAUAACAGAUCCAAAUAAAGACAAGAACAUUA